AGUUCAUAUCUUGCGGCUGCGGGUAAAGUUGUGGUCAGGUCGGGGAGGGAACAGUCACGUGUGGUCGGUGACGUCACGCGGACAUGGCGGAGGCCGUGUCUCAACAGCGGCGCUUCUUCUGCCACCAGUGCGGAUGCGACGUGUGCCCCAACCUCCCGGAUUACACAUGCCCCCGCUGUGAAUCGGGAUUCAUUGAGGAGCUGCUCGCAGAACCCAGUGUGCAGACCAGCGCAUCGAGAAGUCACGAUGAAAAUCCCUUGACAAGAAUUGAGGAGGUCCUCGACCAGAUGUUGUUGGAAUUCAACCCCCUGACGGGGUUGCAGCUGAUGACAUUCGGCUCCCCCUCUUCUUCAUCCACCUCGUCCUCGGCGUCCCGGCAGCACGCGAGCGGCACGGACGACGCGCAUGGGAGCUCGGCACCAGUCUCCUCGUCGUCGUCAUCGGACGAAGGCGGGGUGGUGUUGGAAGCGGAUGGCGCAGCCAGCCAUGCGCCGGGGCACCAGCACGCCGGAGCUGGGCUGGGUGCAGGGCAACAGCAGCAGCGAGCGCAGUGGGAGCAUUUCCACAUUCACACGCACGCGGGGCGUGUGCCGUCCAUCGAGGGAGUCAUCCAGCAGCUGCUUGGCAAUUUACUGGGUCAUCCGAUCACCGGCCAGCCCGGCGUCUCGUGGGGCUUUCUGCACUCGGAUCCUGGUGAUUAUGCAUGGGGCCUGAACGGGCUGGAUCGGAUCAUCACUCAGCUGCUGGAACAGCUGGACACAUCAGGGCCCCCACCAGCUGACCGAGCCAGGAUCCACACGCUGCCCAACAUCACCAUCACGCAGCAACAUGUCGACGCGGGCCUGGAGUGCUCCGUCUGCAGGGAAGACUUUGCGGAGACUGAGGUGGUACGGCAGCUGCCCUGCAAGCACAUGUACCACAAUGACUGCAUCGUGCCCUGGCUAGAGCUGCAUGACACGUGCCCCGUGUGCCGGAAGAGCCUGAAUGGUGAGAACACGGCCACGAACCAGCACGCUUUUGCCGGAGCCACAUUCGGCGCGCCCGGCCCACCCGGCCCACCCGGCCCACCCGGCCCACCAGGAGGACCCGGGACGAGCCGCCAUGAGCAGUAGGACCUGGCCCGGAAUCUUCCCAGACAGGAGGUCCCCGCCCACCCCCAUUGCCCCUCUGUCCUCGUUCCCUCAUCCUCCAAUGCCCUCCUCUCCCCUUCCUGAUGUGAAUCAGUGAGGUAUGUGUACAUAUGUUUGUUGGACUUCUUUCGCACCGUACGUAGCCAACCAUGCUAAUCGGAGGUGCAGGGGAAGGACAACAAACUAAAACACAAAAAGCAGUUUCUAAAAAAAUUAGUUUUCAAUUGAGAUUUAGGAGGUUAUAGCUCCAGUGGCUUUCGGUGACGGUCUUUGUACGAUAGUUAGCCAAAAGCUGCUGCGAGGUGGAGUUGUCUUGUUAGAGCAAUGGGAGUGGAAUUACUGUCAGCAGUUCAGCUCCUGGUUUACUUUUAUAGUUGAAUUAAGAGAAAUGGAUAAGACUAAUUCUCAUAUACAACAUUUUAUUUAUUAUAGUCAUUAAUAAUCGGGUACCAAACGAUUGCACAAUGCCAAACACGAACCAGAAUCUGUAUAUUAAUGCGACUUUAGGACAUUUUUUGCGAUGAAGUGGCUGACAAUAAUUCACUGUCAUUUCCAUCGCAAAGCGAUGAAAAUGACAGGAUAUUUUGUUAAAAUUUAUGAUUGUUUUUUUUUACUCGCACAUCUUAGAAGAGUUUGUGUAGCCCCAGACUAAGAGUUAUGGUUUCCUUCUCAAACCAAGGCGAGUGGGUUCCCAUUCAUCCCUUUCAUUUCUAGAAUGUGCAUGAAUUUUUGAAAAGUGUCAACUUGAAGUGGCAGGGAAAAUACGUGGCCAGAAUUUUUACCACUUUUGGAAAUUGCAUUGCCAUUAUUAAUAGAGAAUGGGGUAAAAAAUCGGCUGGCACCUUUGCUGACGCAUACCCCUGUAGCAUUAACACGCAAGUGCUGUUCAACUAUGGUCCGACAUCAAACCAUAACCGGGUUUUUUCUCAUGUGCAUAUCAAAGUAAAAUUAUGGUAGACCAUUGGAAUCCUGAAUGAUCCUGGGAACACAGAAGCGGCAAAUAUAUCUGUGGAAGCCCCCAGUCAAUAUUUGCUCAGUGGGGGGGUCACUUUCCACUGCUACACUAUAGUCUAGAACUCCCUUUCCCCUGCCAUCUGUGCAGUCGACUCCCUGCACAGCCCUGUUCAAGGUGAGGUUCAAGACCUUCAUUUUUUCCUCUGCCUUUGACUGACUGCCUCUAUUAAGUUAAUGUUCUCCCUUUUUGUACAGUGUUGAGAUGCGGUCACAUUUAGUUUUAAAUCCACUUUGUAUUGUAAAAUGUAUUGUAGUCCCUAAGAAUGGCUUGGUGUGUAAAGGGUUGUGUGGAACCUGCAGCAGUGUGCAUCCUUCACCCUGAAACAACAUGCUUUGCUCUCUUCUGUUAUCUGCUAAAACCAAAGCUCCUGUUCCAUUCCAUUGAAUUUGCUUCUGGCCAUUUGUAAGGUGCUUACACCAAAACCAACUUAUCUGGCCAGCUUUCUCCUACAAUUCUGUUUUUGUGCAGCACUGCUUGGUAGCAUUUCUGGAGAUUAUAAUUAAACAAGUUAAUAGAGCAGUUUUCACGCAUUUGGUUUCCCUUGGGUCCAAGGUCCAUCGUCUUAAUUUUGUCUGCACUGACUGCAGUGUAAACUUGCUGACGAUGAAAAAAAAACGAGGUGCACCUCAGCGUAAAACCGAGGGCGGAGUGGACAAGCUUGUCACGUGGUGUUUUUUAUGUUGUAUAAAAAAAACAACCUGUUCUUUGUUUUCGCGGGACUGCUGCUCGUGAUUCCACAGCCGCUGGUGUGCAUCCCGUGGCAUUUUGUGAAAUUGCCACUGCAGUUUGGGGGAAGAGAAAUGUGGUGCGUACAUUCUGUCCUCACCCCAGCACCGUAGCCCACUCAACAGAGUUGCAUUGCCCAGUGGCAGAGGCCCGCAAGAAAUAUUCAAUUGGGAAUCUUACGGGUUUAGGAAAAAGUAAGCCAAUGCAAAGCACAUUUUUUUAUGCUUUGCGUAAAGAUGGUGUGUUUGAGUGCACGGCGGAUCUACGCAAUGCUUUUCGGUGAACGCAUGGGUUGGGUUACCUGUGUGUUCUUAUAUUUUGUUCAAGUCAAUUCCCGAACACUAGUACUCCGCACAACCCUCAAUAUAAUUGAGCCAGCUCUGUUUUUAUAUUUCGAAAAAUGUAAUUUCGGUGCAGCACAACAACUGUAAAUGCCCCGUUGUGCCCUGAAAAAUAAUUUUCAUUUCUCAAGACACCUCGGGGGAGACCUGCAAUAAAACUCUAGUCCAUGAGAUGUCCCCCCAACAGUUUCUGGUCACUGUAGCUCUGGUGUUGGCAGAAAGGGAUCGUGCUCCGCUGGCUCACGGCGCCCACCGUCCUGAGUGCCGUGCAGUUGUGGUGGUCACGUUCCCUUCCUGACUGCAUUGCUUCCGGCUCGGACUGCCGUGGUUGAAUUUGUGUGCGCAAUGGUCUUCCACCUGCGCCGUCUCAUUUGACGGCCAUAGGUGACAGAGCCGUCCCUCGGGUACGGCGAAUCAGGGCGACCGCCCUGAGCACUGUGCUUAAGGAGCUCCGCGCUUGGGAGUGACGGUGUCGGAUGUAAUAAUUUAAGUUUAGUUUGAAGGCGUAGGGGGACCCACACAAUGGGAUUUGCCCCGGACCCUGCUCCUGCAUAAGGACGACGGCCCUUGUGAUAGUGCAGCUGGGUUAGGGAGACAGGCAGCUUUGGAUUGAGGGCAGCUCAUGCCAAAUGCCGCACAGUUUGAAAUCCAGUCGUGUGUUUAGUGGGCCUUAUUUUAUGCUGAUGGUCAGAUACGUAAUCAUUACUGUGUGUGUACAUGUACAAUCCUUUGAUCAAACCAAUCGUGGAUAACGGUCCCUCCGCAUGCCGUGCUGGUCAUACAGGUAAAGUUACCGUCUCACCUGCUGGUUAGUGCGGGUUGAUGAAUGUGCAUUUGUCGGCUUGGCUGCAUUUUUUUAAAAUUUCAGUCAAUUAUUCUCUCGCAAUUAGGUGUGAUCGUCUGAGAUGUAUUUACGUGACGCAAACAAUUUAUUCACCUUUUCUACAGCACUUUCACAAACACAACUUUGCCAGGUUUACGGUGCUGUUUUUGUUUUAGUUAAAGAAAACUCCCGUGGCCUCUUUUGCCGCGUUCGGUUAAUUGCUCUGCUAGUUCUCGACGCCGUUGGCCAAGGUCUUGACGGUGCGACACGACUGCGCAGUCCAUCCAGUCCAAAAGAAUCGAUGUGAUUCGCGAGUCACGACUCCUCGCCUAACGCAGGGAAGGGGAACUCCCGGCUGACCGCCCACGGCCAGUGUCGGGCCCACAAUUUGAUUUCAUCCACCCAAUGGCCACAUGAAGCUCACCACAUUGCAACGUAUGUAUGCUGAACUUCUUUCGCACGGUACGUAGCCAACCGUGCUAAUCAGAUGAGUGGGGGAAUGACAAUAAACUAAACACAAAGCAGUUCAUCCUAGAUGUAAAAGUGCAUAGCUCCAGUGGUUUCCUAAUAUCGGAAAGAAGAGCAUUGCAGACGGCCGCAGAAGCGCAUCUGAAAGCGCACAAUGCAUUUGACCAUGUUUGUUCAAUGGUUAGGCAAAAGCCGCUGCUGCGAGGCUGACCGGCCUACAGACAUACUUUUAUCUGUCACUGCAAGCGUCAUGACCACAGUAAUUGAGUACUGGAGUGGAGUUUAUUUUUUACCAGGCAUAGAUGCGUUUCAAUUUGUGGAUCUUGCUGCAAGGUGGCCUCUUGCAAUGACAGAAAUGUGUGCGUUUAAUGUGCAGUUGCCCACCAAAGGUUUUUGAAAGUCCUAUUCGGCCCGUGGCAAGGAAAAGGUUCCCCAUCCAUGCCUUUCUGGUCUGGAACGCUUAACGGAACGGAGGCAGGAUUUGAGUGCAUGCAGUGCUAUCACACAGCUCGCCAGUCUCCAAGUCGGCGCACAAGCGGUUUCGUUUGUGCAUCGGGUGCUAGUGUGUGUGAAAUUGGCCAUGGGUCGCUGUCUCCAUGCUGACAGAGCCACGUCCUCUUCCACUACUGGCAAACUAAUGCACGUUUGCAAGCCGGUGCUGCAUUCAUCUUUUGCCUCUGCGGCAGGAGAUCAGCUGCCGCCAUGGGGUCCCCUUUGGUGAACCUGCAGCAGGGCAUCGGAAAGGUUGAGACAAUGUGAUGCAAGGUGCUACGAGUUACCAGGGCAUUUAAGCGAACGCCCGUGUAUAUGCUAAUCCUUAUUGCGUUGUGACUGCUGCUGCCAACGUACACGUUUUCUUUCCUUUGUGGUAGGUGGCGCCCCCGAACUGUGACGUGACGCGCGCGCAUAUUUAUUUAUGAUACUGGGCUGGCGUGAAAUAUUUUUCGAAUUUGGCAACAUGGGUAACCAGGGUAAGCUUACGGGUGCAUUAGGGUAACUUGUAAAUAUACACACGCACACACAUGCUCUUUGGCCUCUAGGGCUGUGUAAGUAGCCCUUGGGCCCAUCUGUACAUUGCAUAAUGUGACUUGCAAGCCAAUGCGAAUUAGAAAAUUGUGUUGCAAUUAAGUGUAGUUUGGUACUGCCCCGCCACCAUUCAUUGACACCUACUGUAUGUAUUCAAUUGCAAGGUUGCACAUUAUGUUGUCCCACUUUACCAAACUCCAGUCCUCGCACCCCACCCACCGCAUUUCCUUGUUUACCAUUCGCCAUUAAAUUUUGAAUUGCGGCGGUGCUGCUUUGGCAGUGGUGCUAAAUCACGAAUGAUAAAUGGAACACGUUCGUCAAUAAAAAAAGCCUUAAUAAGGAAACAUAAUAGGUGACGUUUCGGGCAAUGAUCCUUCAUAGCGCACAGAUGUACAGAUUUUUGCUACAUGCUGAAUGUGUCCGACUGGUAAACACAUCCCACAUGACGACAUCUGAAGCACGGAUUCAAUAGAGGAUGUGGCAUUGCUCUUGACAUCACAUGAGACACGUUUACACUCGCACAAGAUCUAUCUUAAUUUGAAUUGGAGCUCUACAUUACAUUGGACACACAAGAUCCUCUCUGUCAAUUGGCACUCUACAUAACAAAAAAGCCUCAUCCGCCAUGCUUCAUUCUUCACUGAGCUGUGUUGACAUCUAAACUGUGCUUAUGCCAUGGGAGGUGCAAGGCACUUGUGCCAGGCAAGGUAGAAGGAUACGGGACAGGCCCACCUGUUUAUUAUGGGUUGUCCGAGGUGGCUGGCAAAUGCCUCGUGGGACCUACAUGUGGUACACGCACGUACAAACGUGCACUGGAUUUCAAUUUGAACAUUUAUCCACUGUUCUCUACACAAUAUGGGUUGCACAAGUUCUCUUAAAUUGAAUCUGCUUUGUCACAUUGGACUUGUUUACCAGUCAUCAGGCGCGUGUGGCAAGUAUGCUUUUGUUUUUUGUACGUGAAUGGAGGAGAUUGGUCAAUUGUUUUAAAGGCACUCCAUAUAUGGGGCAAGAGAGCUGGAGAAUGGUGGUGCCUGUAUGAGUAGCUGAUGCUCGGGAUGACGCAGUUCUGGCUGUGUUGCCGAGUGAUUUUUAUUGAGCAACUUCUCUCCAAACGAGCGGCGCUUCUCUGGUGAUUGUGUGAGCCGCCGCUUUAUAUGGAGGCUGCUCUUCUUAGUCGCUCGGCUCAAGCCUGGCUCCCACCUGGCUCAGACUACCACAUGGCUCUGGCUCCCACAUGGCUCCUGCUCGAGCCGCUUAGUUGCAUACAAAGACUCGGAGUGGCUCAGCCAUGGCUUGACGCAGCUUCUGGAAAUCCUGAGCAUGGCUGGGGGUGGGAGGGUGACUGUGCUUGGAGCCAGUUCAAGUGAAACAUCACUUUGGGCUGGCUCGCCUUGAGCCAAGCCUCAGCUGAGCGAUUAAUAAGAAUACCGGCCUGGGGGUUUGUUGUUGCACUUUUCGCGAUUCUCAUUUCACAAACGCAUUUGUAAGGACACGUCCCUUAAGUGUUUUCAAAAUAUAUAUUUUUUAAAUCUGAUUUGCAAACCGUGAAAACGCAAUUCGGUAACCGAAUCCUGGAAGAGGCGCGUGGUGAGCGUGGACGCAACAAACACUUCCUCUCGUGCUCCAAAGGAACGGCAUUGUACAAGGACGAGAUUGAGCUGUCCCGAGGUGCAUGAUUCAAGUAAAGUGCGCACAUGCGUCAUCGAUUGUGCGGGCGGGGUGUAACGACGCAUUCAUUCAUAGAUUUAAUAUCGAUCUUUUAGAUCUCGAUACGUGCUUAGAAUCGCGCACGUGCACCAGUCAACGUUAUAGUAUUCCCUCGUUAUUCGCGAGGGAUACGUUCCGGAGAUGCUCGUGAAUAGCAAAUUUCGCCGAUAAUAUUGACCUAAAUAAAUACAUAAAUAAGCUAUUCAAUACAUGAAAAGUAUAACACCAAAAAUGUAAUUGGUUAUAAUAAACAGAAAAAAAUAUUAAGGUAUUAAAUAAUAGUUUAUAAAUGCAUUUACUUCAAAUUAUGAUAAUGCUGUGCAUCACUUUACCUCAUCACUUUUUUGUCUCCAUGCAGCAGUCAUGUAGAGUUCCUGAUGAAAUUCGCGGAUAACCAAAAUAGUGGCUGUCAAGUUCGUGAACAACGAGAGAAUGCUGUACGAUUAAUGUGCGUUGCUUUGCAUUUGGUUUUCUUGACCCCUGUUACCGCUAAGAGGCCGCUCCAUUCAAAACGUUCCAACGAAAUUCCGUUACGCCCUUUGGUAAAAUCACUGCAUUGUAGAUGUCAAUGAAAGACCCAAAAAGAUAAACUUUUGCUAUGCACAGCAUCUCACAGGUUUUUGCUAUGCACAGCAUCUCACAGGUUUUUAUUUGUUUUUCUUUUUCUAAAUGCCUGUAAACAAUGUAUUAAAAGUGUUGCUGAUUUUAAGUAGGCGGUGAGAGAUCCCGUGAUCGCCCUUCACUGCCCUUGACUUCAAUUAAAGUUUCUCAACAUUGCAAAUGC